AACAAUAAGCAUUUUCUAGCUACUCGUAGAAACUAACAUGACCCACUAGCCACUGUAUAUAAAUCAGCAACCAAAUUUUUUGAUCUAGCCAUAUCCAAUGCCUUCAAUGCCCCACCUUUGAAACCAUGCUUUCAUCAAAACAAACUCUACUUUCAAUUUCACUCAUCACCCUCCUUCUUAGUCUCCUGUUGGUAAAUUCCAAUUCCCUGACCAUUGAAAUCCCUCCAAUCCCAUUAAUCCCCGACAUCUUAAACUUCAUAGACCUAAGACUCGCUAUAAUUUUCCCAAUAAUCCAAACCUUCAAAAACACAAUAACCUCAGACCCAUUAGGAAUAACCACAACAUGGGUUGGUCCAAAUAUAUGCAACUACAAAGGCUUCUAUUGUGACAAUCCACCUGACAAUCUAACAGCCACCACCGUCGCCUCCAUCGAUUUCAACGGCUUCCACCUCGCCGCACCAUCUCUCGACGGCUUCAUUGAUCAACUUCCGGAUUUAGCUCUUUUCCAUGCUAACUCCAACAAUUUCUCUGGCACCAUUUCAUCAAAACUAGCAUCACUAAAAUAUCUAUAUGAAUUAGAUCUAAGUAACAAUUUUCUUUCCGGAACAUUUCCCAUUUCAAUCCUAAACAUACCAACACUCUCCUUUUUAGACAUUAGGUACAAUCUCUUCACAGGAACAGUGCCUCAACAAAUUUUCACACAAACAUUAGAUGCAAUUUUCCUCAACAACAACAAUUUUAUUCUAACACUUCCCGAUAAUUUAGGCGAUACGAAAGCAUCUUACAUAACAUUAGCUAACAAUAAAUUCACCGGAGCAAUUCCUAGUACAAUUGGAAAAGCAUCUUCCAAUUUAAUCGAAGUUUUAUUAUUAAACAACCUUUUAGACGGUUGUCUACCUUACGAAAUAGGAUUUCUAGAAAACGUUAAACUUUUUGACGCCGGUAGUAACCGUUUAACAGGACCGUUACCGUUUUCGUUUGGGUGUUUGAAGAAUGUGGAGCAGUUAAACUUUGCUAGCAACAUGUUGUACGGUCAGGUUCCGGAAGUGGUUUGUGCGUUAGGGAAUUUGGCGAAUUUAUCUUUAUCUUAUAAUUAUUUUAAUAGAGUGGGGCCCAUUUGUAAGAAGCUUAUAAGAAGUGGUGUGGUUGAUGUGAGGAAUAACUGUAUUUUGGAUGUUCCAGAUCAGAGACCGUUGAAAGAGUGUGUGGCGUUUUAUUCAGUUCCGAGAACUUGUUUGCGUUCUCGAACGUUUAGUAUUAUACCGUGUCACACUCCUAAAGCUAGGGAGAUAAAUAAGAGGAAUUUGUUGUCUUAUUCUGCUCUUCAGAGAAAUAGAUUACUUCUGUAAUGCGCAGUCAAUAAAUAUGUAUUAUUCACAUUUCGUAUCAAAUUAAGGUUUUUAUGUCCAAUACAAUAUAUAUACACAUCAUUAAGGAUUAUAAACUCUUUA